AGCCGCCCCUCCCGCCCUGCCUCACAGCAAACCUGCACCCAGGAGCCAAGGGGCCCGGCUGCGCCUGCCUUCCUGCCCUGGAGUUUUCCUGCGAUCCCUCAGGCGUCUGCUGCGCCGGGUAUAGGGGAAAGGGGAGCUUGUGAAACUGAGAAUGUCUGAGACCUCGGAGCCUGCAUUUGGAGGCAGGAGAGCCCUGCCCCGCAAUGCGUCCAAUGCGGCAGAGGAUGAUCUCCCCACUGUGGAACUGCAGGGGCUGGUGCCCCGAGGUGUCAAUUUGCAAGACUACCUUCAUGUCACCAGUGUUCACCUGUUCAAGGAGCGAUGGGACACCAAUAAAGUAGACCACCACACUGACAAGUAUGAAAACAACAAGUUGAUUGUACGUAGAGGACAGUCUUUCUUCAUCCAGAUCGACUUCAAUCGUCCAUAUGACCCCAGAAGAGAUCUCUUCAGAGUGGAAUAUGUCAUUGGUCGCUACCCUCAGGAGAACAAAGGAACCUACAUUCCAGUUCCUAUCGUCCCGGAGCUGCAGAGAGGCAAGUGGGGGGCCAAAGUUGUCAUGAGAGAGGACAGGUCUGUCCGGCUGUCCAUCCAGUCUUCUCCAGAGUGUAUUGUGGGGAAGUUCCGCAUGUAUGUUGCUGUCUGGACCCCCUACGGCAUACUUCGUACCAGCCGAAACCCAGAAACAGACACCUACAUUCUCUUCAAUCCUUGGUGUGAAGAGGAUGCUGUGUACCUGGAUGAUGAGAAAGAAAAGGAAGAAUAUGUCCUGAAUGACAUUGGGGUUAUUUUUUAUGGAGACUUCAAUGACAUCAAGAGUAGAAGCUGGAGCUAUGGUCAGUUUGAAGAUGGCAUCCUUGACGCUUGCCUGUAUGUGAUGGACAAAGCACAGAUGGAUCUUUCUGGUAGAGGGAAUCCCAUCAAAGUCAGCCGUGUUGGGUCUGCAAUGGUUAAUGCCAAAGAUGAUGAAGGUGUCCUUGUUGGAUCCUGGGACAAUGUCUAUGCCUAUGGUGUCCCCCCAUCAGCCUGGACAGGAAGUGUUGACAUUCUGUUGGAAUACCAGAGUACAAAGAAUCCGGUCCGGUAUGGUCAGUGCUGGGUUUUUGCUGGUGUUUUUAAUACAUUUUUGCGAUGCCUUGGGAUACCAGCAAGAGUUGUUACCAAUUACUUCUCAGCCCAUGAUAAUGAUGCCAAUUUGCAAAUGGACAUCUUCCUGGAAGAAGAUGGGAACGUGAACUCCAAACUCACCAAGGAUUCGGUGUGGAACUACCACUGCUGGAAUGAAGCCUGGAUGACAAGACCCGAUCUUCCCGUUGGAUUUGGAGGGUGGCAAGCUGUGGACAGCACCCCGCAAGAAAACAGCGAUGGGAUGUAUAGGUGUGGCCCAGCCUCUGUUCAAGCCAUUAAGCAUGGCCAUAUUUGCUUCCAGUUUGAUGCACCCUUUGUUUUCGCAGAGGUCAACAGUGAUCUCAUUUACGUUACAGCCAAGAAAGAUGGCACUCAUGUGGUUGAAGCUGUUGAUACCACUCACAUUGGGAAAUUGAUCGUGACCAAAGAAAUUGGAGGAGAUGGCAUAAAGGAUAUUACUGAUACCUACAAGUUCCAAGAAGGCCAAGAAGAGGAGAGACUGGCCCUGGAAACUGCCCUGAUGUAUGGGGCUAAAAAGCCCAUCAACACGGACGGCAUCCUCAAACCCAGGUCUGAUGUGACCAUGAAUUUUGAAGUGGAAAAUGCUGUGCUGGGAAGAGACUUCAAGCUUACCAUCACCUUCCAGAACAACAGCCCCAACCGUUACACCCUCUCAGCCUAUCUCUCCGGCAACAUUGUCUUCUACACGGGGGUCUCCAAGACGGAAUUCAAGAAGGAGACGUUCGAAGUGACGCUGGAGCCCUUGUCUCUCAAGAAAGAGGAGGUGCUGAUCAGAGCAGGCGAGUACAUGGGCCAUCUGCUGGAACAAGCGUACCUGCAUUUCUUCGUCACAGCGCGUAUCAACGAGACGAAGGAUGUUCUGGCCAAACAGAAGUCCACCAUGCUGACCAUCCCCCAGCUCGUCAUCAAGGUCCGCGGCGCCAGGAUGGUCGGUUCUGACAUGGUGGUGACAGUUGAGUUCACCAAUCCUCUAAAAGAAACUCUGAGGAAUGUGUGGAUACACCUGGAUGGUCCUGGAGUGUUGAAGCCAAGGAGGAAGAUGUUCCGUGAAAUCCAGCCCAACUCCACCGUGCAAUGGGAAGAAGUGUGUCGACCCUGGGUGUCUGGCCAUCGGAAGUUGAUAGCCAGCAUGACCAGUGACGCCCUGAGACACGUGUAUGGCGAGCUGGAUUUGCAGAUUCAGAGACGACCUUCUGCAUAAAUGCACAUGGAGCUGAGAUGGACCUGGGUACUGGGCCUCUUGUAGUCUUGGCUAAAGAAAUUCUAAUGCAAAAAAUAGUCAGCUCUUGCUUUAACCUAGGUGUGGAGACUCAACCAGGACUACAAGGGGCCCUAGAGUAGAGAUGCCAUGUAUUUCAAAGACUACUUUUCAGUGUGACUAUUCAAUAUGGAAGUUAGUUUUUAAUCACUCCACCUUCCAAAGGAUUCUGAGCAUUAGCCUUAAUUAAGCUCUAAUUAAGUUCUCAUAGCUCAUAAGAGUAAAAGUCAUCAUUUAUCAUCAGAAAUGGCUGCAGUUCCAAAUAUCAGAGGACUUCUCUUAACAAGGGGAUUUGCUCAAUACCUGGUUUCAUGUAAAAACAAGACUCUGAUCUCCCACUCAGGCUUUUGGAGGUAAUAUACUCCCCAAAAGGUAGAGAAGCGCAUGAUUUGGGUCCUAGAGUUCUAUACUACCUUUUUGGAAUCAGGUUCUAUGCUCUAUGUCAGACUAUUUUUCCCAGAUAUUGAGAACAACAUCAUUUUUCUUCUUGGCAAAGCCAGGGCAAGGUCUUUCAUCUUGCACCUGCGGCAAAACAACAAUCUGCCAAAUUUCACAGAUUUACCUUGUGAGAAGAUGUGGCCCCAUAUUAACAAAUUGCAUUUGUGGGAAAGUUAAUCACCUAAGAGGAGAUAAGAUAGCAGGUGCAAUACUCAGAUCUAUUAAAUAAUGUAGUAUUAUGGUGCAUUCUAUAAGAGGUGUCACACUGUGGCCUGAUAAGCAGGAACCAAUAUCCUUUACUUUAACUCUUUGGGGGCCACAGGACUAGAAAGUAACAAGGCUAACUUGGGACAGGAAAAAUGAGGAAUUGGUCUCUUUUAUUAGUGAUUAUAUUUCAUCUGUCUUUCUGGGAUCAUCUCCUUCGCACAUUGAUGCCAGCCCAGGUACAUUUUUAGAGAGAGAAUAAGCCCUAUGAGUUGAAGAAUCUGGCAGACUUAGUGGCCAGACAUAUAGAAAGAUGGGCAGCCACUAAUUCCCUAUUGUCUCUCAUAUCACUCAUGUGAUAUGAGUGUCCUUCAUAUCACCUCAGCUUAGGACUCAGAAACUAAAAGGUAAUACAGACGCCAUCAUGCAGGUGACCAAUGCUAACGCAGACCCAGUGACAGAAGAUGCUGACAUCUUUUGCAUUAUGCUCCAAGGUUCCAACUGGCAAGGCCACCUGCUGUUUAUUUGCAAGGCUGAUUUAUGAUCAAAAUUAUCUAUCAAUAUGCCCAAGGUAUGAUUCUUAGCAAAAACAGAAACAAAGUGGAAGAAGCCAGAAUGAAAUUUUCUGAUAUGCAUAACCACAUUUCUAAGCCUUUGAGACUCUUCUGGGAACCAGCGAUCCAUGAGGACUGCUGGUCACCUCCUUAUGUGCAUUAUAUCUAAUUCUAUUAAGUAAUUAAUAAUCCCAGCAUUUGCCGAGCUUUCCAAUACCCAAUUUUAAAAUGAAAUGCACGUUGCUAUAUGGUUAAACUGGCUUAAUGUAAUUAUAUGCUUAUUAAUGAGAAUGUAAUCAAAGCUUCAAAUAAAGUUGAUGUGAUUGUGUUUGCAUCUGCA